GUUUCCUGCUUCCUCCCUCUGUGUGUGUCAGUGCCAGCGGACAGAACCAGAACAGAACCAGAACAGAACCACAGUUCCCAGAGUUCCCAGUGUUCCCAGCAGAGUAUCGGCGCGUGCGAAGGGCCGGGGAGUCCGGCGGGAAAAUGGCGAAGACGUACGACUAUCUGUUCAAGCUGCUCCUGAUCGGUGACAGCGGAGUGGGGAAGACGUGCCUGCUGUUCCGGUUCAGCGAGGACGCCUUCAACACUACCUUCAUCUCCACCAUCGGAAUCGACUUUAAAAUCCGGACGAUCGAACUGGACGGAAAGAAAAUCAAACUCCAGAUCUGGGACACAGCGGGCCAGGAGCGGUUCAGGACGAUCACCACGGCCUAUUACAGAGGAGCCAUGGGCAUCAUGCUGGUGUACGACAUCACCAACGAGAAAUCCUUCGACAACAUCAAGAACUGGAUACGCAACAUCGAGGAGCAUGCGUCCUCAGAUGUGGAGAGGAUGAUUCUGGGUAAUAAAUGUGACAUGAACGACAAGAGACAGGUGUCCAAGGAGAGAGGAGAGAAGCUCGCCAUCGAUUACGGGAUCAAGUUCCUGGAAACCAGCGCCAAGUCCAGCCUCAACGUGGAGGAGGGUUUUUACACACUGGGCAGAGACAUCAUGACUCGACUCAACAGGAAGAUGAACGACAGCAGCCCAUUGGUUGGAGGAGGAGGAAGAGGAGGAGGGCAGGUUAAAAUCACUGAGUCUCGCUCCAAGAAGAAUUUCUUCAGGUGUUCUCUGCUGUGAUUUCUGCUUCAGAAGCUUCCGGAACAUUUCUACUUCCUGUCACCUUCUUCUGAAGAGAUCUCUGUUUUAUCUGUAAAGUUUUUUAUCUUCAUUUAAAUUUGAAAUCCAAACAGAGAAAUCUGAAACUGUUGAACCAAAGACUGAACAAUCUCACAGAUAGUAUGUAGAUUAUAUAACAUAUAUCUCUGUAAUCUGUUACGUUAUACACACAUUUAUAUUUAAAACAUGCUCUGUUACUUACAUUAAUUAAGUUUC